GGCGGGGUCGGAUUUAUUUAUUUUUUAAUUUUUUUCCUCCUGCUGUCGUCGACGUGCAGGCGAGGAGGCGGGCAGCAGGCACAGGGCAGCAGGCUGAGUCCAUCUCCAUCCUGACUGGAUCACAGGAGCGACAUCAUCAUCACCAUCAUCAUCCCCCCCACAUCCACCGUGACAAGGACAACCGCUCCCCGCAAGAAAAUUAAAACACACACUCACACACACACACACACACACACACGCAGGAGCUGUUUUUCCUUUAGAAGAGAGGUACAAAUCGCAGUCGAAAGCAGCAAGAUGCUGGCCUGUACGGAGAUGAUCACCAUGUGUCUUCAGUCUGCCAAGCAGGAGCACCUGAGGAGGCAGCAGGAGCUUGACCACAACCACAACCAAGGCACCUCUCUGGUUCAGGAUAUAUUCCGCCGGGCAGACAAAAAUGAUGACGGGAAGCUGUCCUUGGAGGAGUUCCAGUCGUACUUCACUGAUGGUAUCCUCACUGAUGAGCAGAUGCAGGAGCUGUAUUACUCCAUCGACAGGCAGCGGACAGACAACCUGGACAUAGACAAACUCUCAGAAUACUUCACUCCACAUCUGGGAGAAUAUGUCAGCGUCCUGUCCGCUCUGGAAAAGCUGAACGUGGCCAUAUUAAAGGCCAUGGAUAAAACUAAAGAGGAGUAUCAGGGUUCAUCAGUGCUGGGUCAGUUUGUGACGCGCUUCCUGCUGAGGGAGACCUCCACCCAGCUGCAGUCCCUUCAGUCUUCACUGGACUGUGCUAUGGAGGCUGUCCAUGACCAGGGCUGCACUGGAAGGAGGAUAGUGAAGAAGCCUGAGGACCUGCCCAUCCAGAGGGUGGCCAAACGCCCCGGCAGACGCAUCCAGAAGAACAUGUGUCUCUCCCCGACUGACCCCUACUCUGGCAUGCUCACCACAGGGGUCAGCGUGGAGCCAGACAACCACUGGGGCUCCCAGAUCAACCAGCUGGAGGAGCUCAUGGACAAACUGGAGUGUGAGAGUCCACAUCUCGAACCGCUCAAAGAGGACACGUUGGCGGGGACGUAUAAAUCGAACAUCCUCCUGGUGCAGCGACAGAUGUCUGUGAAGGAGCGCGACUUUGAGCAGUUUCAGCAAGCUCUCAAAAUCUACACAGAUGCCACCUGCAGCCAGCUAGACAACCUGCACGUUUCCGUCCAGAACCUGCCAGACAGAUCAUGCUUCAUCAUGUACGAAUUUUGGCAGGACCGUCUCUCCUGGAUGAGCUACCUGCAGUCGCCCAUCAGUAAGACCUUCCAGCGCUGCAUUAUCGACUCGCUGGAGGAGCCUGAGAUGGUGUCCACCAUGCUGCUCCCAGCAUCUUGGUGGAUUAUGAACAACAACUGACAGAGCAACGCUGCUUCUACUGAGGAAAAGGCAACUGGAUGAUCGUUUGAUCCCUUUUCUGUUCUUUGAUAUCCACUUUCUCCUUGUGGCAUGGCCGGGAUUGUUUACGCGAAGCUUUGCUCCGAGGUUAUUAAAAAAAGAAAAAAAAAAAGAAAAAAAAGAAAAGAAGACUGCUCUUGGACGAAUCAGUCAACAGUGAAACUAAUUAACACCUUGGAGAGAAGGAAUUGAGGCAAUGCCAUAUUUUAUCGCGUGAUCAGGAUCUGUGCCAACCUUCAUUCAACUCUGUCGGCACAUUUCUUGCUUCUGAUUUAAUGGAGAAAAAAAAAUGAUUUGCAUGAUUUCUUAUUUCUCAGUGCUAGUUUUAUUUGACUCAGAACUACAUCUUAGAGUAGAUAUAAUGUCAGUGAUGCCACAAAAAUAGAAACACAUGAAUGACAACUGUCCCACCCAUCCGUCUCUGUCCAUCACCCUCUCUUCGGUACAGACAAAAACAGAAGUAGUGGCAGGGCUGACCUGCAUCUCCCCUUGUUCUGUCUGUGGUAUUGUGCUUUGUUGUCUCCUUCAAAGCUUUGCUACCAAGCGUCUUUUUGUUGACGGGCUACAAAGCCAUUAGAUAGAACAAUUACGGUUCCCAUUUAAACUUCUAUCAGUGUGUCACUCCUGCACUUUAGACCAACAGUAAACAUGGACCUAAUUGUGGAGAAUGGAUAUUAUUGUAGAUUUGUUGGAAAGUGUAGAAUGUAAAGCUGAUUAUAUGAUGAGCCGGGAGCUGUGCUGAGGUGUAGCGAGACAUUAGCUGACAAUUAACCAAAUAAUUCUCCUGCAGUUUGCCUGUACUGUUAACCCGCGAAUACGACUCCAAAAGCCAUUGUUUUACAUUUGUAGUGUGUAAUCAGAAUACUUUGACAGUACAGCACACACAAGUAGAAUUUUAUAUUUCGAGUACGGAAAUCAAGCAGAACCUGUUCAGUGUAAUGCCGUUAGAAAAAAAAAAUUCUAUUAAGAUUGUGUACAGUAGUUAAUGAGAGCUGUAAGAUGUAAGAUGUAAGUAAUUGUUGUAGAUCAUUGGUAAAUGUACAGUAUAUUGAGCUUUGGUUGCUCUGAGGAGGAAUGAAUGCAUUCACUCUUUCUUUGAAGAUUUAUGGAGAAUAUACAGUUGUUACGUUGAUGCUAUGUUUGUUUUCUGGCAUGAAAUAAAGUUCAUGACUUGUUGAUGACA